GUUUAUAGUUAGUGUGGCAGCGCCAUCGUCAGCCCGAUAAAUGAGCAGUAGUAGUACUUACCCCACGCUAAAGUUGUCGUAUUUUGACGUCCCAGCGCGUGCCCAUGUGAUUCGGCUGGCGUUGGCCAUCGGUGGGAUUCCGUUUGAAGACCACAUCGUGUCCCGCGACGAGUGGCCAUCUGUGAAGCCUUCGUUGCCCUUCGAGCAGAUGCCCGUGUUGACUGUGAAUGGCGAAGUAUUUGCCCAGUCGCAUGCCAUCGAGCGAUACGUGGGGCGGCUGGCGGGGCUGUACCCUCUGGAGAACGCACUUGACGCUCUUAAAGUUGACGAACUCGUCGACUUCAUCGAAGACAUCAACCAAUUGUUCGUCCCGAGUCGAAACGAACAAGACCCAGCCAAGAAGAAAGCCAUGCGUGAAGCCUUGGGAACGCAUGAAGUGCCGAAACAUUUUGCGCUCUUGGAAGCCCGCCUGCGAUUGUCGUCGUCCGCUGCGGGGCCUUGGUAUUUGGACAAGUUGUCGCUCGCUGACGUGGCAGUGUAUGCCGCCGUGGUGAUGAUCAAAACAGGGUUCACCAUGCACAUCCCCACAACUCUCUGCGACGAGCAUCCACGCAUGUUGGCCAUUUACGAAGCCGUCGGCGCGCAUCCGAAUGUUGUGGCGCGCUACGGGCAUUGAUCAGUUUGCACUUUGGUGUAAUUUUUCAAAACACGGAGUAAAGUGUAACGCUGACGUUAGUAUUUGGA